AUGCCUCCCUACGCUCCUUCCUAUUUCCAAAAAGCGACACUCCCGGGCCCUGUCGCAGCCUUCCCAGCUGUGAACACCCCAGUUCCGACCGAGCGACAGCGCCUGAUCGACAUAAUCACCGAGGCCAUUGGCAGCAAGGUCAAUCGACACGCGACCAACGCCAGGAAGCUGUACACCGACAGCGAUGCGACGAUCAGCGAGGCGACCGACACCUGCCAGCGAUGCGUCGACAGGGAGGUUCCCUGUAUCGUCACGAGCGACCAUCACAAGUGCUUCUACUGCAUCAUGUCUGCUCAGGCCUGUCACCCUGCAAAGCCAGUCCCCAUCAUCGAUCUCGAGAUGAGCGACCGCGACACGACUCCAGUUGCCAGCGCCUUCGACAGUAUCGACGCGACUCCGGGUGCGAGCGCCUUCGACACCUUCGACUUCGACGCCGAUCGCACGGACAGCGACAGCGACACCUACUCCUCCUUCUUUGAGCCUGCUCCCAACCAGCAAACGACCGACUCGGCUCCGGCGACCGCCGCGACUCCAGCGAUCGACGCGACUCCGAUCGACGCGACCGAGCGACUCCUCCAGCAGAUCCUGGAGUCCAACUUGCGACAGGAGGUCUUGCUCCAGCAGCUCCUCAACCGAUUGUAA